UAACGCGGCUGGUACAGGAAAUAGCGCCACUAGCGCCCCCUUCACUUCCGGAUUGCAAUGGUCCCAUUUCCAUAUAAGGUAAGAGGCUGACAGUGGUCCGUCCCCGCCCCUUUCUGCAUGCUGCAGCGAGGUGUACUUGGAUCGGUCGGUCGGUUCGGUCCGGUCGGAGCUCACAGCCGGAGCGACUGGGCAAACAGAAGGCGUCCUUAUCGCAUUGAUUCAGCCGAACCAACUCUGACCAAAGGCAAUAAUAACACACCAAAAAUGAUGAGCAUUUUAUUCAGACAGCGAAUUCAACUUCCCGCAGCAUGGAGGUGGAAGAAGAGAAGGGACUCGUCUUGUCACUGCAUGACUUUCAGCACCAUCUCUUUUAAUCAAGACCCUGUAGAGAUCCACAAGAGGAAACUUUUCCUGUGGUUCAGCCACCUUCCCAAAGAGGAGAAACAGUUUGGAGGUCUCUUCAGUCCAGAGACCAUGCAUAUAGAUCCACUUAUUUUAGAAAGAAAGGAUGAGGAGAGGGCAGGACUUCUCCAGUCACCAUACAAAACCCAAACCUCCUCUAGCCAUUCACUGACUGUGGAACAGCUGUUUGACCCAACCGAUGCCUGGAGUGAAGGUCGCGGACUCAAUGUGCUGCUGUAUGGUGCUGUGGGAACUGGGAAAGCUACAAUAGUUCGAAAGCUGGUGCUGGACUGGUGUGCUGGAAACAUGAUGACUCGCUUCAAGUUACUGCUUCCUUUCACAUGUGAAGACCUCAGUCAGCUGACAAAGGCAGUUUCUUUAAGAGAUCUGGUUGGCAGGAAGUAUCUUCAUUUGAAAAACCAUCCUUUACUCAGUGGGGAUAGAGACCACGCUAAGGAUGUGCUUUUCCUCUUUAAUGGGAUGGAAAAGAUGCAACUUGACUUCCGAAUCGGGUCCUCUGAGCUGUGCAGUGAUCCCAAUGAGCCUCUUCCACCAAGUGUACUCAUUGUGAACCUGCUGAGGAAAUAUCUUCUUCCUGAGGCCAGUAUCUUAAUGGCCACCAGACUGUCUGCUGUGGAACGCAUCCCUCAGAAGUAUGUGAGUCGUUAUGCACAGAUUUGUGGUUUCAAUGACCCGGAUCGCCAGCGUGCGUACUUCACCAGCCGCCUGCUGCAGAGUGAAGAAGCAGCACAGAACAAGGAGGCCCAGACACUGAUAGAGCUCCUUUACCUCAACCUGCAGAGCGAAAGCCAGCUGGCUGCCGUUUGCUUUCUUCCCUCUUACUGCUGGCUCACGUGUGCUACCUUACACUUUCUUCAUUUUACGACUCCUCAGGCCCCCAUCCGCACUCUGACCGGUAUCUAUACUAGCUUUUUUCGGCUUAACUUUGGGGGUGAGGUGCUUGGCACAAGAACUGGGACAAGUCCAUCCUCUCAGGAGCAUCAAAGUUCUUUAAUGAAGUAUGUUGUCCUUACAGUUGGAAAACUUGCGUUUGAUGGUGUGAUGAACAAGCGCACCUCUUUCUCAGACAAAGAACUGGAACAGUGGAUUGGUGGAAAGACCAAGACGGACGAAGAGCUGCAUCAGCUGGCCGUGUUCCAGACUGAUGUGCUAGACUUCUUCCUGGCUCCUUGUGUAAAGAGUAGGAACCAUUCUUCAAAAGAACUCUGUGAAGACAACGAGAAGCUGUACGUGUUUGCUGUCCCAGCCUUGCAGGAGUACCUAGCAGCUCUCUAUAUAGUUUUAGGGGAAAACAAAUCCGCUUUGCAGAAGCUAACUAGCCAGGUGUCUGUAGCCAUUGGUCAGGCAAGUGAGGAUGUCAGUGCCCUCAUGAACAUCCUUUCCAAGUUUAUUCCACUCAGGCUCUUUGCUAUAUUCAACCUGCUUAAGCUUUUUCCAAAGCUUUAUGAGAAAAUAAGCACCUACAACAAAGGCAAAAUUGCCAGAACUAUGGCCGUUGAAAUGUUCCGCACUGAAGACAGCCAUAACGACGAUGUUCUGGAUCAAGUGGAGCAAAGCCUUUUGGGAGUCCAUGGCCCACAGCCACAACAGUUUGAUGACAGCAAAUCUUUUGAGCUUUACCCCAUCUUCAUGGGAGGACUGUUACAAUAUAAUAAUCGGGUACUUCUUCAGCAACUAGACUGCAACAUCCAAAGCACCACGGUUGUUCAGAUAACACAUGCCCUCAGGAAGUACCUUGUAAGAGAGCUAAGUAAGCCUCAGCCACCAGAGGAGCUGAUGGAUCUGCUAGUCCUCCUGUAUGAGUUUCAGAAUCCCAGACUGACUGUAGAGGUGCUGUCCUCAAUCAAAAACAUUUGUCUAACCAACGUUCGGAUGACUUCACUCAAAUGCUUCAUAUUGAGCUCUGUCCUUUCAUGCACGUCUGCAAGUUAUCACCUGAAGGAGCUGGACCUGUCCUCCUGCCUCCUGACUCAUAACAUGCUGCUGAUGUUGGGGCCGGCUUUCAGGCAUGCAUACAGCCUCAAUCUGCAGUUCAACAACUUGGGUCCUGAUUCCUGCAUCCUACUGAAAGAUCUGCUUCUGGACCCCGAGACCUGCAUUAGUUCCUUACAGCUCUGUGAUAACCCACUGCUGGACUCUGGAGUCCGCAUCCUGCUGGAGGCGCUGCCCCAGAACCAGUCUCUGAUCUACCUGUCCCUAAUGCACACUGGGCUGGGCAACAGCGGGGCUCUGGAGCUGGCUGAGAGGCUGCCGCAGCACACAGGUCUGGAGGAGCUCAACGUGGCUUACAAUGCUAUCAGCGACGAGGCAGCUGUGGCUCUGGUUGAUGCCUGCAGGGAGCAUCCCACCAUACACACCUUACACUUGUAUCUUAAUCCUAUCACUGAUGAGGGGAAGCAGUCGCUGUAUGGCCGGGGUGUAACUGGUAACCAAGGCAACAACCAACAAGUCAAAGUCCUGGCGUCUGUCACUGAAGGCUCGGACAUCUCAGGUGGUUGGCACCCCAUACUCAGGGUGAUACAAGAAAAUGCUUCAUCCUGGGACCACAAACGGGUCAAGCAGCAGCUGAAGGUUUUCCUCCAGGACCUGGAGUGGGGACGUGAGAAGCAAACGAGCUUCUGGAAGAGGCUUCACUUUCGCAAAGUGCAGAAAAAAGUCCAGGCGACUUUACAACGUUUAGAGAAGGACUCUUCUUCCAAGACCAAGUAAACCUCAAGAUUAUUCAGAAGAGCAGUUAUUUGCACAAUAUUAGCAUCUGUAUUUUUUUUUUUUAGUUUAAAGGGGCAGUAUUAUAUAUUUACUGUGCACAUAAUGUCAAUUUAUAUCACAAUGAAGUGACUGUUGCCUUCAGUUGUGUUAUGACUCUAUUUAAGACUUCCUGCUCUUUCUAACACUCGGCCUUCAGCUGACACAUUUCUCCAUUUGGCCUUUAACAAUGUUUGACCAGCAUUGCACUAUGAAGUAACAUGUAUGAGCUCUGUAGAUGAGCAGCUCCACCAGGUGUUUGCUGUCUGUGAGGCUCACCUCAGAGAACUUAGCCACUCCUGAACUCUUGAUUUAAGGGAUUACUCAAACAAGCAUGAAACGAUCAAAGCACUCAAUGUAUGUUUCUGAUGAGGGAAUAACAUUAUAACAUAACAUAAAGCUCAAUAAAGUCGAUAUUAUGUCAUACUGCCCUUUAUGCUUAUAACCAGCGGAUGAUCCAGUUUUACCGUAUACACAGGAUUUAUUUAACAGCUAGAAGAUAGCUUAUACUUCAACUUAAAGAACUGUUUAUAAUUGAGCUGUAAAUGACAAGAAUUGUUUUAUGUAAAUUAAGUUUUAGUUAGUUGGAUUUCUGUACAUUUUUAUGAACAUUUCUAAGUGAGAAAAUCAGUGAUAUAGAAGAACUAGAGCUCAGGAGCUUUCAUAUGUCAGUUCACUGUCUGGUUGUUUAGGUUUGAGGUUAAAGGUCAGAUUUAAAUAGUAAAAUUAGAAAUGAUUCUAUCAGUGCUUUAAUGGGUAUAUUGUUUUUAUUGAAUAAUGAACUGAUUCACUGCAUGGUUUGAUUUCUGGGAUCUAAUUGGAAUGUGUGUGAUAGACUUUGUCUGUAUGCUUGGAUUGAAUUGACUUUAUUUUUGAAGUGUCUUGACACAUUUAUUGUUAAUUUGUCACAUCAAUAAACUGAUCUGACCA